CUACACAAUGCUGGUGUUCCUGGUUCUGGGGGCUGCGGCCCUGGCGUCUGCCCAUCAUUCUGGGGAGCACUUUGAAGGCGAGAAAGUGUUCCGUGUUAAUGUUGAAAAUGAAAAUCAUAUCCACUUAAUCCAUGAAUUGGACAGCACCACCCAGAUCGACUUCUGGAAACCAGAUUCUGCCACACAAAUCAAACCUCACAGUACAGUCGACUUCCGUGUCAAAGCAGAAGAUAUUGCCACUGUGGAGAAUGUUCUAAAGCAGAAUGAGCUACAAUAUGAGGUACUGAUAAGCAACCUGAGGAAUGUGCUGGAGGCUCAGUUUGACAGCCGGGUUCGUGCGACGGGACACAGUUAUGAGAAGUACAACAACUGGGACACGAUAGAGGCUUGGACUCAACAAGUCACCACAGAGAAUCCAGACCUCAUCUCUCGCAGUGUUAUCGGAACCACAUUUGAGGGACGCAAUCUGUACCUCCUCAAGGUUGGCAAAGCUGGAUCAAACAAGCCUGCCAUUUUCAUGGACUGUGGUUUCCAUGCCAGAGAGUGGAUUUCUCCUGCAUUUUGCCAGUGGUUUGUGAGAGAGGCUGUUCGUACCUAUGGACAGGAGACCCAAAUAACAGAGCUUCUCGAGAAGUUAGACUUUUAUAUCCUGCCUGUACUCAAUAUCGAUGGCUAUGUCUACACCUGGACCAAGAACCGAAUGUGGAGAAAGACCCGCUCCACCAAUGCUGGAUCUAGCUGCUACGGCACAGACCCCAACAGAAAUUUUAAUGCUGGUUGGUGCGAAACCGGAGCCUCUCGGAGUCCCUGUGCUGAAACUUACUGUGGAUCUGCCGCAGAGUCUGAAAAAGAGACCAAGGCCCUGGCUGAUUUCAUCCGCGGCCACCUCUCUUCCAUCAAGGCGUACUUGACAAUCCACUCAUACUCCCAGUUGCUGCUCUACCCCUACUCCUAUGCUUACAAACUCCCUGAAAACAAUGCUGAGUUGAAUGCCGUGGCUAAAGCUGCUGUGAAAGAACUGGCCUCAUUGUAUGGCACUGAGUAUACAUAUGGCCCAGGAGCUACAACAAUCUAUCUUGCUGCUGGGGGCUCUGAUGACUGGGCUUAUGACCAAGGAAUCAAAUAUUCCUUCACCCUGGAGCUCCGGGACACAGGCAGAUACGGCUUCCUCCUCCCUGAAUCCCAGAUCCCGGCAACCUGCGAGGAGACGCUGCUGGCGAUCAAGUACCUUGCCAGCUAUGUCCUGGAACAUCUGUACUAGUUGAGAAAGCUGAGAGCCUUAUUGCAAAAUACUCACUUUUCAUUUCUUUUCUAUCUUGAAUUCUUAUUUUUGUUUGCCUGGGUGUUUCACAGAUCCCAUUCUUUCUUUUAAGCUUCUGGGUCUAUUAAACUAAGUGGAUCUCUUCAUAUUGAUCAUAAUAAAAGUGAAUCAUCAUACUUGGAAAA